AUGGUUCCGUUCCGCAACUUCUUGGCCAAGAGGUCCGCCGCGCCUAAUGGCGGGGAGACCGAUUCCGAUACCAACCUCAACAAUGGCCAUUUAUCUGCUGAAAACACCAGUUCAACCGCCGUGAAUACCAGGAAAAGUUCGGACGAACCGCCCGAGUAUAAACUAAGUGGUAUGUUCUCUACGAUGCGAACGGACAUCUCCGCCCGCUCCCCGGUCAGCUACAGCGACGCAAUGCCCUCUCGAACCUCCCUCGACUCUCGAUUCUCCCGCAUGACCUCGCCCUCCCGCGCACACUCCGGCUUCGACAGGAAACCCGAAUCGAUGGAGGAAGAAUUCGAGGACGUGGGACUCGAAGACGAAGAGGCGAAACCCAAGAAAAAGGGCAUCUUUUCGCGACUCGGCGACCUCACCGGUGACUCGCAAACAUCAUCAUCAAAUUCCAAAUCCUCCCACCUGGGCUUUCACAUUCCCGGUAGGAAACGAGGACAGAGCAACGUAGGCUCGGAACUUGGCUCCAUGAAAACCCCUCCGCCGGGCGCGGAGGCCGCAGAAGUGCGCGAGGGCUGA